AUGAAGUACAUUUUUGAUCGGAUAUUUCUGGAAACUCAUGAAGCUGGCACUGAGGAAUGUCCGGCCUCGGAUAUUAUCUCUUCUACACGUAUUUCAGCAGACACUGGUCCAGAGCCUGAGCAGAGGUGCUGUGUUGCGAGGCCUGUAACAGUAUUACAAGCAGCUAAAUCGGAUUCCUAUGCGUCUAGACGAGAACGAGAACUGCAUAGCGAGAUUCAAGGGGCUGAAGUGCAGUGCAAAAUUCUGUCUACAACGAUACACAAAACAGGACCUGUAAAGGUAUUUAGUACGGCAACAGAUGAAACUGUGAGGGUGUCGACGCACCAAGUUCCUAUUCAGCAGAUCCGACGCGCAGAGCCGUCCCCAAAGCGUCUAGUGCCAAUCCACAACGUUAUAUCAAAUAAGGACUUUGAGGUGACGCGGAUUCCUCGGCCUAGUCACAAAGAAUCUUCAAGGGAUGAAAUACCCGAAGUAGACUUAGUUUCCACCUUGACCAGAAAAACCCCAAUACUUACUUCCAAAUGCAUGGAGAAGUCCACUCUGCACGGUUCACAUACAAACGAAGAAGAAUCUUCAUUUCUUGAGAGUAGCAUAUCAGAUUGCAAGCGCGUGUUGUCAUCUGCUGGUUGUAGCAGCAGAAGCUGUGGUAAACCGUUUCCACAUGAAUCUAAAGUGCCUGCCAGUAACGAUUCCGAUAACGACUACCUUUACACCGUUACAUCCACAAUUAAACACCCCAGCCUAGCUAUUGACGAUGUCCGCAUAUUCGAAGUUAAGAGCGCCGUUGACGAGCGUAGAAAGAAAAAGGACUACACCGAUGGGUCAUGGAGUACUAUCAAGAUUGAUAUGCCUCCGAGGGGUGCUGUUCGGGAUGCAUCGACACCCUUCAUGGCAAAUACAUCUCCGAUGGAAACUAAUAGGUACGCCCAGGGCAAUAAUAACGUUAAUAUGACAUUCAAUAGAGCAACUGCUGUACGAGUAACACCUACCAAAUCGAACUCCAUCGAGAUACCGGCGAGCUAUGCCAGUCACAGGGUUGAGGAAAGUACGCGUGCAAUUCAUGACGUGAAUACUCCAGUAGAGCACCCUGUAAUGCACUCAGGAAUGUAUGACAUGGUGGAGAAUGUUAGCGAAGACGAGAUCGACACAGACUACCGAGUGGUGGAUGCAAGUGUGUCCGGUAGUGCUCACUCCGAUUACUCUGAUGAAAACUACUGCGUACAAUCUCGCAUGGAACGAAUACACAGACCACCCAUAAAGGAAAACACAUAUUCUGUUAUCAAAGGUACGGCAGCGCGAGUUCCUGCUCCUAUUCCCACCACCCUCCAAGACGGGGACAACCUCCGAUGUUUUGUGCUUACGUUUGUGGACACAGAGCCCAAGAAGUUCAACUAG